UUCCUGGAUAAAAAAGAAGCUGAAAACAGUUGAAAGAAAAAGGACAACUAUCGAAGUUUGAAGAUGAUGAUCUCUCUUCUAUCUGCAGUAACAGUUCAUCCGCUUUCUUUCUGCAACAGGAAUCUCAUUUCUCUAAAAUCUCCAUCGUACGAUUGUCGCCCACUCCGUCUCACUGAACAGUCUGAUAUCUUUACCCACUUCAAUCCUCUCAGAGUUCCAAGCAGUAAAUCUGCCCAACUGACGACCAAAAUGCGCGGAAGAUCUGGUCCGGUUUGCUAUUACGCACCUCUCACCGCUAGCAAUCUUCAAUGGGUCACAACAGUUGCUUCAGCGGUCCUCAUGCUUGCAAGGGGAACUGCAAUUCAAAAAUCGUUUCUUGUUCCUUUAUUUGUUCUUCAAGCGCAUCCAAACGCCGUUUAUUGGAUUAAGGGCAAUUAUGGAUUAUGGACAGCUUUUCUGGCUCUUCUAGUUCGUUUAUUCUUCUCUAUUCCAGGUGAACUGGAGUUACCAUUUCUAGCAUUGUUGUUGGUUAUCGUUGCUCCUCAUGAGGCUAUGAACCUAAGGAGCACUCAAGGAGGUAUUGUUCUUUCCUUGAUGAUUGCUGGGUAUUUGGCUUUCCAACAUUUCACACGGGCUGGUAGCCUGAAGAAGGCAUUUGACCAAGGUUCAAUUAUUGCUACAUUAUCCAUCAUCUGUAUUGCUGCCUUCCCAUGGAUGCUUUUGGCCUGACUUUUGACCUCGAUGGGAGACCGCCUUAAUGUUAUAGCUUCUGAACACUUGAGGAUCAACCAGGCAUCUGAACCUCACUUGGUCUCCUUUGGAUGAGAGAAAAAUUUCUUUAAUAAAAGCAUUUUUAUUGACUAGUUCUUCAAUAUCAUCUUUGUAAAGGGUGUUCAUAUGGUAAAACGUUUUUAUCGACUCAAUUCUUGCUAUAUUAUCUUGAAUUGGCAAAGUCUAUGACAAAGCAAUUGAUCCUCUUGCAUAUGCCUUCAAUUGGGUGGGAAAUUAUAUAUGGUUGCUGCA